CCAUGUGGGCAGCGGCAGGGGGAGGGCCCUCUGUUUUAGGAGGUGGGGUACGGGUCCUCCUCUGGAGAGUCCCGCCAAGACCGCAAAAGGCGCUCAGUCUGAUGGACCGGCUGGUCCUAAAGUUCUGCAGCGGGUUCUGGUUCUGAAGUCCGCAGCAGGUCGGACAGGACAUGAUGGGGAUGGGGCUGUGCCUGGGAAUCGAACUUCCAGAGGACAGGGAGGCGAGGAUCCGCAGCGCCGGGAUAGACCGGGAGCUGCUGGAGUGCGCCAAGAGGGACAUGAAGGAGGUUCGAGUCCUGCUGCUGGGAGCGGCGGAGAGCGGGAAGAGCACUUUGGUCAAACAGAUGAAGAUUAUCCACAGCGGCGGAUUCAGCGGGCACGAGCUCCUCAGCUUCAAGCCAGCGGUUCUGGAUAACCUCCUGACUUCCAUGAAGUUUGUCCUCCAUGGGAUGGGUCUCCUCCACAUCAACCUGGCUAACAGCAGGAACAAGGUCCACGCCCGUUGUGUGCUGGCGUGUGGGCGGUGUUUUGAUGAAGAGCAGGUGCUGCUUCCGUUUGUGGGCCACGCCCUGUCCUGUCUGUGGGCGGAUCAGGGGGUGCGAGCGGCGGCGGCUCAGGGAUGCGAGUACGAGCUGAACGACUCUGCGCUGUAUUUCUUUGAGAACUUGAGUCGCAUCACGUCUCCAGACUACGUGCCCACAGAGGCAGACGUCCUGAGAGUGCGGCUGAGGACCACUGGGGUGAUCGAGACCCAGUUCAAAGUCAACCAUCUCAUCUUCAGGAUGUACGAUGUGGGGGGGCAGAGAACCGAGCGCCGGAAGUGGAUGGGCUGUUUCGAGGACGUCAGAGUGGUGCUGUUUGUGGUGUCUCUUAGUGGAUAUGACAUGACGCUGCUGGAAGACCCCCACACGAAUCGUCUUCAGGAGAGCAUGAAUCUCUUUUCCUCCAUCUGCAAUAGCCUGUUCUUCUGCAGCACAUCAAUGGUUUUAUUCAUGAACAAGAUCGACCUUUUUCAGGACAAGAUUUUACACUCGGGACGGCAUCUGCGCUUCUAUUGGCCACAGUUUAAAGGUGCAGACCGGGAUGUGGAUUCUGCCGCUCGCUUCAUCACUGCCAGAUUUCUCUCUCUCAACAAAACCCCCAGCAGGCUCAUCUACCACCACUUUACAACGGCAACGGAUACUUCCAGCAUCCAGGUGGUUUUUCAGGUGGUCAUGGACACGAUCAUCAAGGAGAACCUGCAGGCCAUGUCCCUGCUGUAGCCUUCAGAGGAAAUCAGUCUGAGUUUUCUCAGAGUUCAGGUGUUUUGGGUGGUAAAGCUGCUGUUUGUGGUCUUUGAACAAUAAAACUUGUGUUUUGGAAGCAGGAAA